UGUGGGACUUUUUUCUCUCUUUCUCUCUCUUUUAAAGUCUUAAUGAAUGGGUCCAUUUCAUGCAUCUCCCACUUCACUGCAGAAGCUUUUUAUGGCUUUUUGGCACUCUCUUUAAUUUCUUGCUUUUAAUGAGUUAUCUGAGAUCGUUAUCGUCCUUUAUUUUCAAUACCCAUUUGUGUUUGUAGGCUUUAAAUCUCAGUUUCUUGGUUUUGGGAUCAUUGGAGAAUACCACUUUUCUGAUUGUGCAAAGAAAUUAACCCAUUUUUUCUUUAUUGGUGUACUGGAUUUUAUUUCGUUUCUCCAUUUUCUUUUAUUUUUUUGGUCGUUUAAAGAAAGUGAAUGCAUUUCCCUGUUGGCUUUUUCACCAUCAUCUUUCUUUCUCUCUUUUGUUAAAGAAGAAAACAAAAGUCACCACUGUUUUCUGGCUUUUCAUUAUACUCUUUCAUGGAGAAAGAGAGACCAAUGAUUUCAUGGGAAGUUGAUGUUGAAAUAGCUUGUCUUGGGUUUUCUGAGUAAAGCCUAUAUAUAGUGUCAAUUAGUAUUCAAACAGACCACUUUGUCUUGCAAGCUUUGAAAAAAAUUAUCUCAUGUAUCUGCUUUGAGAAAUCCCAUGAAUCUGCAUCAAAAAUUUUGACUCUCUUUAUAGUACUUUACCCUAAAGCUGGCUUCCAAACUUUGGAUUCCUAGCUAGCUGUGGUUUGUCUCUUGGUGGGUGAUAGCUUCUUAGCAAAUGAAUGAAAAGGUGGACUUGUAAGAUUACCCACUAGAACAACAGAGGACAGCCCCAGCAAGUAAAUUAGUGUAUUUCCUGAGAAAAGUCUCCAAAGAAGUGAAGAAUCUGAACCAGGUUCUGAACACAAAUAAUGGCCUAAUGUACAAAUGAAGCAUGUGAAGCUUGGAUGUUUUGUGCCAAUAUGAUGGAGAAUCGUUUGUUUAGUGUUCCUAUAGAUGUGGGUGGCCGGAAUUCCACUGUAAUGGAAGGAAUUGGAUCACAGAUAACACCAAGCUCAUUUGUCCAGUUUGAUUCAUUUGAUCUCAACAACCAAAACCAGACAUUGGAUGGAUACUCAGUGAUUCCUACAUUGCGAGGAGCUCCUAUCAGUGAUCUCCAUGCAGAUAAUCGAGCUGCUGCAGUUGUUGUUUCUGAGGCUUUCACGAGAGGCACUGAGUUUCAACAAGAGUUUGUGGGUGGAACUCCCAUUUCUGGUCCUGCACUUGCUACUCUUGUAUCUUCAAGAAGUGGAUUUCAAGAAACUCUCACCAACUUAGCAAUUUCAGAAUCUUCAAUGUAUCCAUUGGAGGUUUUAAGAACUUAUGUUUCUGAUGACUUCUCUAAUGGUUUAAACUCUUCAUUUGCUUCCUCUGUGAAUUAUGGCUGCAACGAAGUAUUUGUUCAUAUGAAUGCUAAGGAGGACAUUAACCGAUUUCCAGCUCCUGUAGAGCUUGCUGGAAAAGCUCCUUUAAGAACUGGGUUUCAAUCCUAUUCAUCCAUGGGAAACCUGGAAGCAAAUAACUGGAUAUCUACAAAUAGUGUGAAUCUAAGUGCCGAUGAUCCUUACAGAUCGAGUCAUUUUAGCAAUGAGCUAUCUUUAAGUCUAGCUUCAUCUCAGCCUUCUGCCAUACAUGGGUCUCACGUUCCAGAUCAGUGCUCAGAGAUAAGUUGUUCUGGUGUUACACGCCAUUGCUUGAAAGAAACACCAUGCUCAGAACAAACUUCUUCAAGCUGUAAGGAACUUUCUCUGAGUUGUGGUUCUUACAGGGCUGGUCAAUUCUCACAAGUAAUAUCAGGGUCUAGAUAUCUGCAUGUAAUACAGGAAAUACUUGCUCAAAUUGCAAGUUAUUCACUAGAGAAUCUAGACCAGAUGAGUUUUUCAUCUGCUGGGUUCAAAAUUGGAGCAGAUAUACCAUCUGGUUCAAGUUACCCUAAGGAAGGGAGGAUGUGCUUAAUGGGUCCUGAUGGAUCCCCUAAUGUGGAUAGUGGAUUCGAAGUUCGACUCGAUCCAGCUCUGCAGAAACGAGCGCUGGAAGCAAAGAAGACACAACUACUGAGUCUACUACAAGUGGUUGAUGACCGAUAUAACCAAUGUUUGGAUGAGAUACACACAGUUGUAUCUGCUUUCCAUGCUGCAACUGAAUUGGAUCCUCGAAUACACACUCGAUUCGCUCUCCAAACGAUCUCCUUCUUGUAUAAAAGCCUUAGGGAGAGGAUCAGUAACCAAAUCCUUGCUAUGGGAGCACAUUUUGAUAGUGGAGGUGCAAGAGAAACAGAAGGAUCUCUUGAAACUUCCUAUUUACAUAAGCAAUGGACUCUACAGCAACUGAAGAAAAAAGAUCAUCAGCUAUGGAGGCCUCAGAGAGGCUUGCCAGAACGAUCCGUCUCCGUGCUGCGUGCAUGGAUGUUUCAGAACUUCCUUCACCCAUACCCUAAAGAUGCCGAGAAGCAUUUGCUCGCAGUAAAAAGUGGACUAACAAGAAGUCAGGUUUCAAACUGGUUCAUCAAUGCUCGAGUUCGACUAUGGAAACCGAUGAUUGAGGAAAUGUAUGCUGAGAUGAACAGGAGGAAAGCUAGGCAAGAUGAGGAAGGAACCAACAGCAAUCACAGAAACCACAUGAUCAGCAUCAACAAUCUAAGAUUUAAUGUGAACCAAAGUUGAAGAAAGAGUUAAACAUAAUGGCAAUGAGACAAAGCAUUUACAUACAACAUCCAUAAAUUGGAGAAACUGUAUAUAAUGCUCUAUAAAAUUUGGGGAAUCAAGCAUGUUAGAUGUCUCUUCAAACAAAUGGGAACUCAAGUGAGUAAAUGCAAUGAAAUUGUUUUGUAAGUUCAUAAUUUUUUUUUCUUUUUUUUUUUUUUUGGGUGGAUUCAGAAAAAUGAUGUCUGAAUUUGAAAUCAUGAACUAUGAACUCUCAAUAUUGAUAGUGUUAUGAUGCCGUUUACUU